AUGACUCUAUUUACGAACUGGCAAAAUGAACGAAAGCGUAUGUUACCAAACCAUGAUACAUUUAUGUACCAGGAUAUUAUGAUAAUGAGUGAUGAGGAAAUCAACAAAACAAUGAGUUUCUUUGUAGCUGAAGUGAGGAAUAAAUCUGGAGAGGAUUACAGACCCAAUAGCUUGUAUGAAAUUGUGUGUGCAAUUCAACACAAAUUACGACACGAAGGUAGAUUCAUAAACUUUUUGGAUGAUGAUAAAUUUCACGAUAUGCGCAGUAUUCUUGAUUCAAAGAUGAAAGAACUCUCUGGGCGAGGCAUGGGGAUAGAGCGGAAACGGGCAGAGAUCAUAACUGAGGCUCAAGAAGAUGCAAUGUGGUCCAAGGGAGUUUUAGGAAGAGAUAUACCUCAACAACUCUUAGAUACUCUACUGUUUCAACUAGGACUACAUUUUGCACUACGAGCAGGACAGGAACACAGAAACUUGAGGGUUGGGACAAACAGUCAGAUUUCUCUUUCCAUGGAUGCAUCUGGACUGCGAUAUCUCGAAUAUAGAGAUGAUGUCUCCAAAACAAAUCGCGGUGGGCUCCAGCACAAAAAUCUGCAACCUAAAGUUACCAGAGCAUACCAGAACAAGAAUGUUCCCGAGAGAUGUCCUGUGCUCACGCCUGAAGCUGGUAAAACCAAUGCUCUCUAUUUGCGACCUCUGCGGUACCCCACAGAUUCCACUUGGUACGCCGACUCCCCUGUUGGAUUACACACUCUUCAACAGACCGUCGCAAAACUGUGUAAAAUAGCAGGAUUUACUGGCCACUACACAAACCAUAGCCUCAGAGCAACCGCCGCAACACGCCUUUACGAUGCUGGCAUUGAUGAGCAGCUAAUAACCGAGAAAACUGGACACCGCUCGACAUCUGUUAGAUCGUAUAAAAGAACAAAUGAAGAACAACAGCAAAGAGUGAGCAAAAUCAUUCACGGUGAAAAUCAGUGUGAUGUAGCUAUCAAGAAAGCCAAAACCGCAGCCGAAAGUGAUUCUAAUGUGUGUGCACCAGCUGGUGCUAGUGAAAUUGAAAUUUCGUCUGGAAGUGUAUUUUUCAAAUUUAAAUUCUAA